AAGUUUAAAGGUCAAAUGCGAAUGGCUUCACAAAAACAUUUUACCUGAGGUGAAAUGUUGAAAACAUGGCAUUGGUCAAAUCGGGAUAAUUUAAUUACAAGGAAUGGUUAAUCGAUAUUUUGGAUCGGAUUUAAUUGCCAGGGAUAUACUGUGAUGUACAAGUGUCAAGGAAUAUGUAGUUAAAUUGUGCGUUGGUUUUAACUUAAAAGUUAUUGAGUCUGAUCCGCAAUUUAAAAAAAUUUCAUUCCGAAGAGGAAUGUCUUCUGCAUUGUUUGAUAUUGAACAAAUAAUGCAAGACCAGGCAGGCUUAUAAAUAGAAUGGCUGCCGGAGUUAAUUUUAUGGAAACACCCCUCGUGUUGUGGGUGGAGACAUUCCGAAAUGGUCGUGCCUUGGAGUUCAAAGACCUCUGUGACGGGGUCUUUUUAAACGAUGUCAUGCUGCAAAUUGACCCCCGUCCCAUCAACUACCAGAAUGUCAACAGGGCGGUGGAAGAUGUUAACAUCCAGCUACAUAACUGGGAGAUCCUCAUCAGGAACGUGAGGGCUUAUUAUGUGGACGUCCUGCAACAGUUGUUGAUUCUGAAGCUACCCAAUUACCAGACAAUAUGUAGAGAGCCUGACAAAGACAUCAGCCUGAGUGAGAUGAAGAAGGCCCUGCUCCUGAUUCUGGGCUGUGCCGUCCAGUGUGAGAGGAAGGAGUACUUCAUAGACAAGAUCAAAGAGCUCGACGUAGACGUUCAGACAUCCAUUGUGGAGCACAUCAAAGAGAUCACAGAUGACUCUGAGUCCAUUCUGCCCAUUGAACCACAAGAACAAAUUGAGACCUAUGCAGAGAAAAUGUUCAAGCACCUUACCAGAGUCAUCAAAGAAAGGGAUGACUUUGCUGAGGUAUCUCUGGAGCUUGUCCAGGAAAGGGAUUUCUUCCAGACCCAGCUACAGUGCAGUAUCCAGGGGACCCCUGUCCCAGUCACCCCACCCACAAGCCCUGAGAAGCACCACUUGGUGGUGGAGUUAGCUGACUGUAAAGCUAGGAUCCGCAGACUGCGGCAAGACCUUGAGGACAAACAGGAGGUUUUGUCAGACAUGAGGGAUGAGCUUGAGGAGAACAAGUCCCUGGUGUCCAGACUCAGGCAUGAGAAUUCUGAGUUGGUUCAGGAUGCCAGGUCAGCGAGAUCUCUGAGGGAUGAGCUUGACGUUUUACGAGAAAAGUUGGGAAAAGCUGACGGGUAUCAAAACGAAAUUGUCAAAUACAAAGAAAAACUAAAUGAGUUGGAAUUCUACAAAACCAGAGUGGAUGAAUUAAGAGAGGACAACACAAUUCUUAUUGAAACCAAGAACAUGCUCGAGGAGCAACUUUCUAACUGUCACAAGAGGGUGGAGACAGUCGUAGAACUGGAGAACGAGCUCCGGAAAAAACGGCAGAUGAUCGAGGAAAUGGCACAUGAGAGAGAUUCAGACAGAGAGAAGCUGAGGAUUCUAACAGAAGAGAAUGCACAGCUGCAGUAUGAGAAAAAGUCCAGUCUGAAUGAAAGCACUAACCUGGAGAAAGAGCUUGACUCUGCCAGACUAAGGAUUAUGGGAAUGGGAGGUAGUUUGUCAGACCAGCUGACAGAAACCACUAAUGCCAAAAUCCUCAGACUGGAACUAGAAAACCAGAGACUGAACCAGAAACUGGAGGAAGCCAAGGAAAAGAUGCUGAUUGAGAACGCCGAAAGAAAUCUGGAGCUGGAGAAAGAAAACCAGCGACUGGCAAAGAAAGUGGAGAAACUGUUGGAAACCAGCCAGGAGAACUCGCAGAACUGUCUGGAACUGGAGCAGCAAAUGGAACAACUGGAGAUGGAGAAGGAGAAUCUGUUACAGACACUGGACACAGUGAAGGAGAAUUCUGAGAGGCAUGUGAAGGAGUUGGAGCGAGAGAAGGAACAGCUGACUCACACGGUGGAGGUGGUCAGAGCGCGGAGUGAACAGACAAACGAUGCCCGGCUCAAAGAUCUGGAGCGAGAGAACAAGCGGAUGUCUCAGUCCGUGUCACAGAAGGACCAUCAGCUGUCCAAGAUGGAGUACGAAAACAGGCAGCUACAAAAGUCGUAUAAUUCUUUGAAGCAUAAUUGUGAUAGGAUUUCAGAUUUGGAAAAUGAGAACGCCAAUUUAGAAAAAGAAAAUAAUGAAAUGCAUAAAAUGAUUUCAACUUUGAAGUUAACUUGUGAUAAAUAUGAGACCUUGGAACAAGAGAAUUCAGACCUGGAUGUAGAGAACAGGAAAUUACAGAAGUCUGUUGAAAGUUUGAAUGUUCAGUUACAGAAAAAGGAAAUUCUAGAACAGGAUGUAAUAAAUUUAAGGGUAGAAAAUCAGAAACUACAGAGAUCAUUGGAUGCUUUGAAAAACUCUUCAUUGAGAAUCGCAGAAGUGGAAAAUGAAAAAGAUUCACUAAACAGGGAGCUGAAGCAUCUGAAGAAAACUCUGGAAGUGCAGAAAAAUCUCCGCACGAAACAGGAACAAAUGGAGUUGGAUUUAUUGGACUUAGAUAAUGAAAAUCAGAGAGUCCAAAAGUCACUAGAAAUUACAACAAAACGAGUGCAGCAGCUUGAAAAAGACAACUCAGAUUUGGAAGUUGAAAAUGAAAAACUACAGAAGACCAUUGAAAAGAUGAAAAUUUCUAAUAAGAGACUACAUGAAACUGAAAAACAGAUGUCAGAAUUGGAAGAGGAAGUGAGAAAAAUUAACAAAGAGAAAUCCACUUUAGAAAAGGAAAACAAACGAGUGAAACAGACACUAGAUUUAAAGGAGUCUGCUUUUGAUGAUAUUAGUGCUAAAUACAGUGCUUUAGACCGGGAACACAAAAGUCUGAAGAAAACGUAUGAAUCUCAUAAAGACACGGCGACACAUGUGCGUGAGUUGGAGAAAGAGAACAGAGAGGUGAAGCAGCACUGUGCGAUGCAUCAGAGGACCGUGGCCACACUCAGGGAGGAUUUGGUGAAUGAGAAGAUAAAGAGCCAGAACCUGAAUAAUGACUUUGACAAGCUGACCCAGGAACUGGAGAGGGUGGGGAUCAACAAGGAGAAGCUAGUGAUGGCUGACCACCGGCAGGACGAAAAUCGCUACAAAGCCCUAGAGAGCAUGAUGGAGGAGGCUCUCAAGAAAAGCAUGGAAAUCAAAGAAGAAAAAAUACAUGCUUUAGAGAGCAGACUGGAGGAAUCAAAGAACCGUAACCUGAAGCUCCAGGAAGAGAUGAGGAUACUGAAGCGAGAAUGUGAGUCCCUGAAACAGCGGUACGAGGAGGAGUCUCAUGGCAGGGAGUCAGAAAGGAGGGAGACUUCCGGGUUGUUGAGGGGGGCACCAGGCUACCAUCGGAGCAACAGUCAGAGCACCACCAAAGAAAUCCUUGAGCUGAAGGACCACCUUGUGCAAGUUGAAAGAACUAAUGCAACAAUGAUGGCCGAGAACAAGAACAUGAAGACCCAGACCAAUGCUUUAAAUGAACAAAUUAAGAAACUAGAGAGUCAAAACUCAAAACUCCACUCAGAAAACGCCUCUCUUCAAAGUCAUGGACAUUCCCUGCAGUCAGAUAAGGCCAAACUUCAGGUGGAGAAUUCGACUCUCAAGUCUCACUGCUCCUCCCUGCAGGGCCAGAACUCCUCCCUACAGAACCACAUGAACCAGUUAGAAACUGAACACCAGCACCUGAUCCAGACACACGAGGAGCUGCAGUCCUCGCAUGAACAGCUGGUUCAGGAUCACGAGGAAUUACAGAGAAUUCAUGAACAACUGACCUCAGAUUACGAGGCUCUGAUUUCAGAACACGGUUCGUUGAAGUCAGUACAUAAAGCUAUCAAAAACGAAAACAAAGAACUUCACGAGCAGCUGACUCGGAGUGUUCAGGGAAAGGACCAGUUGAACCAGAUGCAGACAGAGCUCAAGUCGAUGAGGACAUUACAGGAGGAGAACGGGUUACUGCGGGACGAGUACGAAAGGAUGGGGGGUCAGUACGAGAAGUUACGGACAGAUUACAGGGACCUGCUGGCCGACCACAAGCGUGUCAAGAACGAGUUCAACCAGGCUCAGCUCCGGAACACUGACCUCCAGGGACAGUGUGGGGAGAUGAAGGACCAGCUCCACACCAUGGAACUGGAGAUCAACGGCCUGGGCCAUAAAUACGAUACCUUGUAUCAAGUUAACCAGAAGAUGGAAGAAGAUAACAAGAACUUGUUGAUGCAGAUUCAGGCCCUGUUGAAUUCAAACCAGGACCUUUUGUCCCAGAUACUGAAUAGCAAAGAGCAAUUCAAUGAAGAGGAGAAAUCUUAUUUAGAGAAGAUGAAUGACCUAAAGAGGCAGAAGGAAAGAUUGGAAGAGAAAAUCAUGGAGCAUUACAAGAGACAGGACAACCAGAAAAACUUUAAACCCAGACCUGAUGGACGGAACAGGGGUUUGGGAGCUCGCAUUGCAAGGAAAGCUGCACGAAUCUUUGCUACAAAACACCCCAGAAGUAAGAGCAGAACCAAUCUUGCGGAGUCGACAGGAGAAAACUCACUGCUAGGGGACACAACUGAUGGUAGAUCAGAGCUGAGAUCAAGUCGCCCAGCUAGUAUGUGGAACAUUACAGACGAGCCGUCCCUGUCCAAACAAAACACCAGUCUGGCCCGCUCAGCUGGUGCCCUCAAUCACUCUGACAAGGACGGGGCCCAGUACUCCGCCAGAGGAGCCAAAUCAUCAGAGGACAUCUUAGCCGACUCGACCCGCAGUAACCAUGACAAAGAGUCGUUUUCUUCUAGUAGUUCUACCAAUCUGUUGCCAGGUCUCGGACGUCCCGCGGUGCUUGGGGAUGAUGAUGAUGACGGUGGAUUUGGGAGUGCCAUCCCACAAAACGAUUUGUUAACUUUAGAGGAAUUCUUAAAUGAGGCAAACAAAGAUUCAAACAAGUCAGGGAAGUCUACAGAAUCUAGAAGUCAGGAGGACACAGAGUCAAAGAGCAGUGAGAAUUCUGACAACAGUGCCAAGAGGAACUACAGGAAGCGGCAUGCUCCGGCUCCCCCGGGUCCUUUUUCCACCCCUCCAAACAGUGGCUCCAAUCCCCGCAUAGCUUCUAUCCCCGAUGUGGCAGUGGCAUCCUCUCACCUUGACCUUUCUAGAAUGUCAAGGAUAUCUGGAGGCAGCAGUGGAAGUGGUCAAGACAGUCGCCAUGAGGAGCAUUCCACGCCUCCACACAGCAUCAGGGGCCACCCAGAAACCUCCACCCCAGCUGUGUCCUCAGGAAGCAAUCAUAGACUGAAUAAUGGAUCCUUUGAGGAUCUGAACAAGUGUUCUCCGCUCAUGUCCAGUGGAGAUUAUCACCGCUAUACUGCCAAUUCUACUCCAUCCACCGCAUCCCGCACGCUUCAGUAUUCAUUCGGAAAUUCACCUCAACAACAGAACUACUCUGUUCAAUCUCAUCAGUCUCGAGAACUGCCCCCUACCCCUGCAAACUUGUCGGACAGGGUGCCGGCAUCAGACAGACUUGACAGACUUGUGUCCAGUAACACUCAAUCCUCUAGUCCUCAUAACAAUUACGACAUGUCUGUGAGGUCAGGGGGUGGACAUGAUAGGAGUGGUCAGAACUUGUCUGAUAAACCUCCCCAUGCCCGAGGGACCACCCCCCAGGGCUCUCAUGGCAGGUCUCAAACAUUUAACAAUUCAAGUAAAACUGGACAACCCCAUAAUUCCCAAUACAGACCUCAGCAAAAUGCAUAUUCCUCAUUUCCAGGAUCCCACAAUGGACCUCACCAGCCCCCACAAGGUUACCACAACAGUGACCAAGUGAACACUCCCCCCAACAGUGAUAGCAAUAGAAGACUUAGCAUGCUUGACACAAAUUCUCAGCAAAACAUUUAUUCUAGCAUUGAUGACACUAGGUCAAAGGGAUAUGACUCUUCUGGUACCAAUCUUAACAACAGUGGAAAUAUGCCAAACGGUCCUGUUAGACAUUCUGCUAGAGAUGAGAAUCAUUAUGCAAGGAUUCAAAAAAUUGAAAGGCCUCAAUCUGUUCCCCCUAAUAUGUUCAAUCAGUUGCAGCAAUCUCCAACAAAAAACAACUCUGAUGGUGUGUAUUCACAGCCCAACAAAACCCCACCUGUUCCCCCACCCAGGAGAAUGAGGGAAAGUGUGUCAACAACCAGGUUACUACGGGAGCCAUCUCAGAGCCAUAUGCCACAGGGUCGUCAUAUCCUUGCCAGCAGGAACUCCACGCCCCCUGGUGGCAACGCCAGACAACUUCCUCAAGGAGGGCUAACUCGGUCCCAAACACCUAGUGGAAGGAUGAUUGGUCCCUCUCCCAAACCAGUGAACAACACCCCACCUGCUCCGAAAGUCCUAAACAACGAACCCAAAGACCCCAAGGAGAAUUCAGUAUGGUACGAGUAUGGGUGUGUUUGAUAUACACUCUUGUUUUAGUUUGAUACUAUUUAUAGUGUGUGUUGUUUUUGGUGGGAUUCUUUAGAUAUUGAUCUUGGCAUUAGGUGAUUAGGUUCAAUACAUGAGGGGUACUCUGAAUUUUACACAAUUCUCUAUAGUAGGUGGCGUUACCAAGGUUAUGGGGAAUUCACUAACAUCAUAUAUCCAAAUUAUACAUUUUAUUUACAAUUGACAGCAUGUUUUUUUUUAUGUUUUAUGUUGUAGAAAUGGUCUCAGUUUAGUAGCUUUUAUGUUAAAAAAUAAAUCACAGUUUCAAUAUUACCAUAUAACUAACAGAACCAAAGAAUGUUAAUAUAUUCUUAUAGCUUUAAAGUUAUUUCUUUCAUUUUUUCUUCUUCUGAUUUGGAUGAAUUUGUAGCUGAAUGUGGAUUUUUUUUUUCCAGCAGGGGAACAAGGUGUUAAUGCAUGUGUCGUCACAGGAUCUGGUAUAGAGUUGUCCCCCUUUGAUGGCGUGGCAUUUAGUUGAUAAGAUUGAUCACAUGAUAUUUCUAUAGUCCGCAUGCUUCACGUAGUUUAACGUAUUUUGUCUCUAGCUUGCACUGCUUAAAUUUUGUAACAUCCUCAGCUUUCCUUUAUUUGUAUCUAUAAAGUCAUUUAAUUAUCUUUCAGCACUUGAAGGUUAGAUAAUCAUGAAAAUUGCUCUUCUCUCAGGAUCUUUCUCUUUUCCUUUUUGAAUUGUUUGUAACCUAGACUCUGAAAAAAAAACAACCUCAGGUGCUAGACGUUGGUUCAUUUUUACUUUCAUACUCCUCACUAGUAGAAUUCUGACCAUAAUCUUGGUGACAUUAAUGUAGCCACACUGACACAUUACAAACAGAAUAAAGAUUGUGAUGCUUCAAUAACAUUUUUAUCAUAAAAGAGUGGAAAUAGAGAGUUGUGUGGUAUGGCUGCUAAUCUACUUGCAUGUUGCAUGGGAACAUAUUUUUUGUUUACCAUUUUAAUUUUACAAAUUUACAUUGUUAUUCUUUGUAUGCGCAUAAACAUUAUUUUACCAUACAAUUCCUGGAAUUUCCCCCAUAAUAUCUUGUGUUGUUAAGCUUCAUCGCCUAUAUAUUUGUUUGCACAAAGACCAUGUAUUUUAUGAAGGCAUAAUUGAUUGAAAUAAUGUUGAAAGGAACCUGAAUUUAAGAUAAAUGGCUUUGUUAAAGUUCAUGUGAUAUUAUGAAUUGUAAUGUUUAUGUCAGACGGUGAUAUAUGCAGCAAUGAACACCCUAUUCUAUGUUUACUGUGAUGUUUCAAUCAUGUUCCUGAGCUCUGUGCACAGAACUUGCUCUGUAAUUACAGAUCUAUAUUUUCCUUGCAUUCCUUCAUACCUUGCACACAAUGUACUUAUAGGUCAGUUGCAUGCGAGCAGUUUGUUUAUAAACUCUAUUUUUAAAUAUGAAAAAUGACCAUUGAUAGACAAGUUUACUAUUGUACUUAUUAAUAAAAUUAUAUUUCAUACCAGUUGGAAAUUUACAUUCCAUUACUUAAAAGUGUGAUACCAUUUACUGGUUGUGAUAGAACCAUUAAUAGCAGGCAGUUUUGUGCCUUAUAUAUUUUCCUAACUGCAUUGUCUGAGAAUACAGAGUAACUUGUUAUGUGUACAAUUAGAUGAUCUCUUUGCGUGAUUCUACUUUUAUUUUUCUCCUUGUGGACAGUAUUUUCAGGGUAUACAGAGAUUCUGUGCUAUACUUGUAGUAUUCAUGAUCCAUCCAAACCAAGGCAUGCAAAUUAUUUUAAUGUUUUCUUCCACCAAUAUUUCCUAACGCUUUAUGACACUUUAUGACCAUCCGUCCAGCUUGGUUUUAUCAUUGUAACCAUCUAGUCCUUCGGUGCUUGUUAGAUGCAUUUCCGAGCAAUGUGCUCCAGCAUUUAGCACUUUGUGUACAAAUGUGUAAUUUGUAGACCAACAUACAAUGUAUAAGGACUUGCGUACAAUCAAGCACACUGUGUUACAAUAACACAGACUAUCUUUACAAUUAUUUGAAUACCAUUUAAAGAUUUUCUUGUUCUGUCUUUUGAUUUUCAUCACUUCUGAAGACUGUAUUAUGAAUUUACAAUUACAAUAUAUUUUUCAUGUUUAUUGUUUGCAAUAUUUCAGAAAAUGUAAAAUACAUGUAAAUCAUGCUCAUUUACACUUAGUUUUGUAAAUGUAAGGAAUAUUUAUUGUUUAUUUGUACAUAAUGUUAAUUUAUGUCUCCUUUGAGUACAAAUAAAAUAUGGUACCAACA